AUGCACUCAGACAUGGACGGAAAGCUGCCGAGCUAUCGCCCUGAUGGCCGCGCUCUGGGCAUCCUAUUCGAAGAUGUCGACGUCUGGGGGACAGUGGCCGGUGAGUCCCGGGCUGAGGACGUCCUUGCAAUAUUCGAGGACAUCCUCGUCAGGUGGCCGACCAAACUAUUCCGAAGAGCAAUCGGCAGAUCGUUACACCAUACUCGAAAACUAGUCCAGGGCGCAUCUGGCGUCGUUCCGCCCGGAGAGACACUACUCGUCCUCGGACGCCCGGGCGCAGGCUGCUCGACGCUGCUCAAAGUACUGGCCAACCAGCGCGGGCCCUUCACCGGCGUAGACGGUACCGUACAGUAUGGUGGCAUCGACUCGCCCGAGAUGCGCAAACACUAUGGAUCCGAGGUUGUCUACAACGCCGAGGACGACCUGCACUUCCCGACGCUGAGCGUCGCGCACACCAUGGCCUUCGCGCUGAAGCUGCGCAAGCCCAGGCGCCUCAAGGACGAGCCGGAUGCCCAGUUUGCGCGACGUAUGGCGGAUCAGAUCCUGGAUGCGCUCAAGAUUGGACACACCAAAGACAUUAUCGUGGGGGAUGCCUUCGUCCGCGGCGUGUCUGGCGGUGAGCGCAAGCGUGUCAGUCUUGCCGAGGUGCUGGCUGCUGCACCGGCUGUCGUGUGCUGGGACAACCCGUUGCGCGGCCUUGACAGCUCGUCGGCGCUCAUGUUCCUUCGGCUUCUCAAGGCCAUGUCCAGUGCGACGGGCAUGGCCAAUAUUGUCACGGCGUACCAGAUUUCGGAGACCAUAUAUCGCGAUUGCUUCGACCGAGUGCUUGUCCUGUACGACGGUCGCGUGAUAUACUCGGGGCUUGGUGGGCACACCGCGAAGGAGUACUUCACUGGGUAUCUGGGGUUCCACUGUCCUAUUAGACAGACAACGCCUGACUUCCUCUCGGCGGUCACCUCACCACAGGAGCAGCGGGUUAUAGGAGGGUUCCAGCCCCAUCCUCCGCUUGAUCCUGAUGGUCUUGCGGACGCCUUCCGUCGCAGCCCUCACUACCAGACUCUCCAAGCCGAUUUGAAACACUUCCGGGAAAAGACCGCAAAGGAUGAGACCAAGGCUAUGAGUUUCCAGGCCGAGUUCAGCUCCACCAAAGACCCAAUGAGCCUCAAGUCCUCCAUCACGGUGCGAAGCCCUCCAACCCAGCUCCUGGCCGCCAUGACACGGCACUACCAGCUGAUCUGGGGCGGGUGGCGCAACCUCCUAACCGUGCUCUGUCUCAACAUGACCAACGCGCUGAUCCUCGGCGCGGCGUACCGAGGGUCCCCGACGACUAGUACGGGGGCUUUCCAGCGCAGCGGCGGCGUCUUCUUCGGGCUCAUCUUCUUCGCCCUCAAUUCGCUGGCUGAGACAGGUACCGCCGUGCGCACACGGCCUGUUUUGCGCAAGCACCACGGGCUUGGCAUGCUGAGUCCGGGGCUCGCGGCCGUGGCGCUGACGAUCGCGGACCUGCCCGUUUGCUUUGCGCAGACGAUCUGCUUCACGAUCCCGUAUUACUUCCUUAUGGGCCCACCUACGACCGCCGGCGGGUACUGGUUCUUCGAGCUAGUUGUCUUUGUCGCGUAUGCUGCGUUCAUGGCAGUGUUCCGCCUCCUCGGCGCUGCGGCCCCCAAUGUCCCAGUCGCAUUGAUGCUUGGUGGCGCGGCGAUGCCGGUCUUGCUGUUGUAUUCUGGGUAUGCGCCGCCGUGGCCGACCCAGCUGCGUUGGGGCUCUUGGAUCAAGUGGAUCAGCCCGAGUCCGUAUGGAUUGGAAAGUCUUUUGGGGUUCGAGUUCUGGGGCAUCACUUUGCAGUGUGGGGAGGAUGAGUUGGUGCCGAGCGGCCCGGGCUAUGAGAACAUUACGAUUGCCAACCAAGGCUGUCCCAUCCCGGGCAGCACUGCUGGCGUGGCAUCUGUGCCCGGCCCCGAAUAUCUUUCAGCACAAUUUGAGUACCUUCCGACCGACGCAUGGCGCAACUUUGGCAUUAUACUCUGUUUCUGGGCUGGGUAUACAGUUUUGCAGGCUCUAGCCCAGACGUAUGCGACAAAACGUGGAGAGAGUAGCAUAGUAGGUCGUGUAUACAAACGUGGUGCUUCCGUCCCAGGGGCCUCAACGGAAACGGCUCAGAACUCAGAGAAGGAGCUUGAUGUAGAGGCCCAGUCGCGGUCACCGUCUCUCACAGGCCAGAGGCGCGCCGAUGACUCGAGCGCUUCAUUGACACAAGUUGAGGACAACGAACCACCUGCGAAUUUUGAGGGCAAGGCGUCUUUCACGUUUUCCAAGAUCUCGUAUCAAGUCUCCACGAGCGAUGGCCCACGGAAACUACUCGACUCUGUCAGUGGCUAUGUGAAGCCAGGGCAGCUGACAGCCCUGAUGGGAGUGUCAGGUGCCGGCAAGACGACACUGCUCGACACUUUAGCACAGAGAAAGACAAAUGGCACGGUAUCUGGUCACAUGAAGCUCGGUGGUCGCUCGGUGGUGGGGAUCGGCAAGGCAUUCUCCCAGGCUUGUGGAUUCUGCAUGCAACAAGACGUGCAUGACCCCGGGACUACAGUGCGAGAGGCUCUCGUCUUCUCCGCCAUGAUGCGCCGGCCUCUUAGCGUGCUUAAGGCCGAGAAGCUGGCUCACGUCGACCGGGUAAUGGAUUUGCUUGCCCUCGAACCAAUCGCCGACGCACUCAUCGGCACACCUGGGGAGGGUGGACUGGGCGUGGAGGAACGCAAGCGGCUUACCAUAGGAGUGGAACUGGCUGCGAACCCGUCUGCGCUGCUAUUCCUCGAUGAGCCAACAUCUGGCCUGGACAGCCAGGCUGCCUACUCGCUUGUGAAGUUUCUUCAGGGUGUCGCCGCGUCCGGUGUCCCGAUCAUUUGCACAAUCCAUCAGCCGUCGGCCGUCAUCUUCGACAUGUUUGACCACAUCUUGUUAUUGGCCCCCGGCGGCAGGACUGUCUAUUUUGGGGAGACUGGAGACAACUCGGGCACCGUCGUGGACUACUUCUCCCGUAAUGGCGUGGCGAUGGACAGCACGGCCAACCCAGCCGAAUUCAUCCUCGACAUAGUGGCCGAGCCGUCGAUGGCUGACGAAUGGUCUCAGCAGUGGACUGACUCGGUGGAGAACCAGAAAAUACUGCAGCAAGUCGAGGCCAUCGACCAGCAGCCAUCCAAAGAUGAGCUCGAGUCACAUUCGCUCCCCUUCCUCGCCCAGUUCAGCCUCCUCACGCGACGCCACGCGACCUCAGUGUGGCGCGACGGCUUCUACAGCUUCAGCCGGCUGGUCAAGACAAUAUUCAUGGCGCUCUUCAUGUCCUUCAGCUUCUUCAUGCCCGAGCACAGCCUUCAGGGCGUGCAGAACCGCAUCCUAAUCAUGCUUCUGCUGCAGUGGAUCGUCCCCGCUACAGCGGCCGACCUCCAGAGCGUAUGGUACGCCAAGUGGGCCCUCUUCACAGCACGCGAGCGCUCCGGCGUCGGCUACAGCCCGCUGGCGCUCUGCGCGGCGUUGGUGGCUGUCGAGAUUCCCCUAGCAUUCGUCAUGUACACGCUCGCCUUCGUAUGCAGCUGGUUCACGGUAGGACUGGGCGGCGCCGGGCUCGGUUACCUGUGCUUCCUGGCGCUUGGGGCCUUCGGCAUUGGAUUCCCGUUCGCGGUGGCAAGCUUCAGCGCCGACGAGGAGGUCGCCGGCUAUGUCAACAGCCUUGUGUGGUGCGUCAUGGCCACGUUCGGCGGCAUCGCCAUCCCGCACAGCGGCAUGAAUGACUUUUACCGCCCUUGGCUGUUCUGGGCUGACCCCAUGCGGUACUGGCUAGGCGCCACGGUGUCGGCAGCGCUGCAUGGCGUACCGGUGCGAUGUUCAGAUUCCGACAUGACUAUGCUGAGUCCACCAGAUGGCUUGACGUGUGGUCAGUACUUGAGCGAGUACCUGGGCCGAAUGUCUGGCUAUGUCGAGGACCCAGACGCUCUCGACAGCUGUGCUUUCUGCCCUUACAGCGUGGGUGAUGAGUACGCGGCCCAGUUCGAAUUUCACUAUUCUGAACGCUGGAGAGACUGGGGCGUGUUUGCUGCGUUCUGCGUCAGCACGCUGGCCAUCGCCUUUGUGGUGAGCGGAUUGAGAUACGGAGGAGGUUUGAAGAUCUUCAAGCGGAAGUCCUAA